UCUUUCCUCCCGCCUACCUGUGCUUCCUCUGUCUGGUCAAAAGGUUAUGCUGUGUUGCUCUCCGUCCUUUCAGAAUGUGGAGCUGAUGUCUCCCCACUGCUCAGAGAAGCUUAGUGGUAGAACACAAAACUUCCCUAUUUCUGGAAUGAGGAAAGAGAAGCUAGAACCAUAGAAAACUGAAAUAUUGAAGCAUUUCAAUAAAAUAUCAAUAUUUUAAUAUUGAGAAUGCUGCCUUCUAGAAUCUUACUCCCACCCUUAAUAUAUGUAAAGGUUUCAGUCACAUGCACCCUUUCCCUUCUGUCCUCCAGGCUGCGCGUAUUUAGUUCCUUCGAUCUCUCCUGAUGUGUUUUCUCCCUCAGACCUUGAACCGUUUUGCUGCCCUUCUCUGGACUCGCUCAAUCUGACCCAUGUGCUUUUUAAAGUGAAGUCUACAGAACUUGACCCAGCACUCCAAACGGUGCCCGACUAACGCCCCAUGGAGCAGGAUUAAGACAGACGGCCUCGAGUGGAAUCUCCCUGCGUGGAGCCCCUGCCUUGAGAAGUCCAGGGUGGGCACGUUGGAGAUGGGGCUCCGCCAUCAGGGGCCUUUUCUUGGGAACAGGCUUUCCCUGCAGAUCUGUAGGAGGCGAACGGUUGUGUUCCUGCUGAUUCUAAAGGAAGUGCUUUCUUUAGGAAGCGCUUGGGCUUCCGUUCGAAUAGUCAAAGGUCGAUACGGCCUUAAGAUCCCCGCGUCAAGGUGAUUCUGUUCUGGGAAAAAGAUCACCCAUGAAAAGGGGUGCUAUGAAGAGUUCAAGAAGGCCUGGCCGAUCUGCUUGCAAGAAGGGAGGGAGAGGGAGGUUUCUCUGGAAAGCAAGUGGUGGAGAUAGUCCAGCGCCACAGAAAUCCUUUCGGAUCACAGAAGCAAGGACCCGGGAUCCCCCAGUGGGCAGCCUAGUUCUAUUCACAUUUAUGAGGCAUGGGAAAAUAUUUUGCGCAUCUUGUAGGAAAUGCGUGGGUCCACUGAUAGCAGAAAAAAAUAGGCUGCUGUGGCUUUACAGCAAAAAAGGGACAGAGCACUUUACUGAACUGAGGUCCGAGGCAACGUUGAGCUUCUGGUGUGGAAAGAAUCAUCUCGCAGUGAAGAGGAUGAGAUGGGAAGAAAAACUGGUUGUCAGUCAAAAAGUAUGCAUGGCCUAGAGGCCCUUGGGGUGGUUGUAAAUUAGCAUUUUUAUUUUGUAGCAGCUUUGUGUCUUUUCCACAGGUGAUGGGGCAGGUUCUCAAGAAAGGAAAGGAAAACCCCACCUACCUCCCUUCUCUGGAUUGUUCCAGUGGCUCCAGGGUGCCCUUUAUAUCUUACCAUGGAAAAGUUUCUCUUCUGCCUUCUGAUGACGAGCACCAUGGCUGUGAGGGCCCUGAUGUGUCCCAUGCGCUGCAGCUGCCAGAGGGUGUCCCCCUCUUUCACCAUCCUCUGUACCAAGAAUGGGCUGCUCUUUGUCCCUCCUGCCAUUGACCGACAGACAGCAGAACUCCGACUGAUGGAUAAUUUCAUCACGACUUUGCGAAGGAAGGAUUUUGCAAACAUGACAGACCUGAUCCAUUUAACGCUAUCACGAAAUACAAUCAGUCAUAUUAUGCCUUAUGCGUUUUUUGAUCUUAAAGGUCUUCAUGCAUUACACCUGGAUAGUAACCGCCUCACUUAUAUUGAUGAGGAUCACUUCAAAGGACUGAUCAACCUUCGCCACUUAAUUCUCAGUAACAACCAGUUACAUUAUAUUUCACCUGGAUCUUUUGAUGAUUUCAUUGACAUAAUUGAGGAUCUGGAUCUAUCCUAUAAUAAUCUUGUUAAGGUCCCCUGGGAAACGGUCGGGAGGCUUUCCAAUGCCAAUACUAUUAGUUUGGAUCAUAACCUCAUAGAUUUUGUCCCUGAAGGCAUCUUCUCCGACCUUCACAAACUGGCUCGGCUGGACAUGACUUCUAACCAGCUGAGGAAGAUCCCCCCCGACCCGCUUUUCUCCCGCAUCCCUGUCUAUGCCAAGCCCAAGGGUACCCCUCUGUCGUCUCUGGUAUUGAGCUUUGGAGGGAACCCGCUGCACUGUAACUGUGAGCUAGUGUGGCUACGGCGCCUAACUAGGGAAGACGACCUGGAAACCUGUGCCUCCCCCCCCGAGCUGAUGGGCAAGUAUUUCUGGUCUAUUAAGGAGGAGGAAUUUGUCUGUGAACCACCAAUGAUCACUCGCAGAACAGCAAAGCAAGUGAUCACGGAAGGACAGAGUGUCUCCUUGAAGUGUAGAGCAAUGGGUGAUCCAGAACCAUACAUGCGCUGGAUUUCACCAGGGGGAAAAUUGGUCUCCAACACUUCCCGAACAAUUUCCUAUGAGAAUGGGACUUUGGAUAUUUUAGUGACUUCCAUAGAAGACCAGGGUACGUAUACUUGUAUAGCAUCCAACGCUGCAGGGGAGUCCACUGCACCCGUUGAACUUCUGGUCAGCCCAUAUCCUUAUCUUGCUAACAGCACGAACUCUGGCAAAGAAGCUGAGCGGGGUCCAUCGGAUAUCCUCAUCUCAGCCAAGUCCAGCUUCUCUAAUGAAACCAAAUCUCUCCAAGAGAGGAAAGUGGCCAUUGCUGAGCUGACCUCGUCCUCUGCCCUCAUCCAGUGGCCUUCGCAGCACCAUAUUCCUGGGAUGCGAAUGUUCCAGAUCCAGUACAACAGCUCUGCUGAUGAUAUCCUGGUGUACAGGAUGAUCCCGGCUUCUAGCAAGUCUUUCUUCCUGACCGACCUGGUUGCUGGGCGGGACUACGAUCUGUGUGUCCUUGCUGUUUAUGAGGACGGCGUGACUUCCCUGACAGCGACCCUGGUGGUAGGGUGUGUGCAGUUCACCACAGAGGAGGCAUAUCGGCAGUGUCAUUCCCUCCACGCACAGUUUCUUGGUGGGACCAUGAUUAUUAUCAUCGGAGGCAUCAUUGUGGCGUCCGUCCUUGUUUUUAUCUUCAUACUUCUGCUGAAAUACAAAGUUUACAUCAACCACCACAAAACCAAAAACCCUGAAGUGAAUAACGUUUGCUCUCAAACCAACGGUAGUCAAAGUAACUCUCUGGUACAUUCCAGCUCCAAACUGGCUGAAUGGAUCCAGCAAGAACGUUCAAGCUCACCACUCAGAGGCAAAACUAUACCAGACUUCAACUACGAACAAGCAGCCUCUACAGAAGUCUCUGUUUUAAGAAACGAAGCCUUUCCUUAAUAGUUACGCCGGUCCCAGGCAAGAAGCAGUAAAAAAUAACUAGCGGUUGUAUUUAAAGCUUCACUGUCUAUUUUUAAGAUCAGAUGGUUUUAAACACUAUUUUUUUAAUCUGUAAAAGUUCUUGCAUUCUUAACUAUUUUUGUUGCACUAUAUUAAAUAUAAACUGUGAUUUUGAA